AUGCGCCUCAUCAACACGCAUACCCUGGACCUCGAAGACUACAACAAGGACAUACCCCCUUACGCAAUCCUCUCUCGCACCUGGGAAGAUGGCGAAGAGGUCACCUUCCAGGAAUGGCACCGGGAUCGUGUCGGCGUGUCGCCCAAGCCCGGCUUCACCAAGAUAUGCAACGUAUGUGAGCAGGCGCAACUUGCGGGCCUGGCCUAUGUAUGGGUUGACACGAACUGCAUCAACAAGAGCAGUAGCGCCGAACUCUCUGAAGCUAUCAACUCGAUGUUCGUGUGGUACGAGCGCGCUGAUGUGUGUUUCGUCUACCUCUCCGACGUCACAUCCACUUUUGUCGAUGAAGAACUUGGUGAAGAAGGACCUUCUCCCUCACCGCUGUCUGUCUCGAAGGCAAAGAAGCACUCCUCGAUCUCCAGCGCCCGGUGA